AUGAGUGUCAUUAUAAAAGUAGGAAUCAAUCAACAGAAAGCUUCAGUUCGAAGUUACGAAGGAAGAAGAGAGAGUUGUGCCUCUGGUGCUCGUACAAGAAUGCUCGUCCCAUUGACUGCAAUCGUGACUACGUCGUUACCGAUGGCUGCUGCCAUCGCGUUUUGUGCCAAGGAUCGUAAGACGACCCAUGCAAAGAACAAGAACAAGAGUACCAAAUCGACGAGAUCGUCGAAAUCUGCCAAGGGAUCGAAGAGUGGAAAGUCUUCGAGAUCCCAUCGUUCGAAGAGUCAACGUUCGAAGAGAUCUUCGAAGUCUGGAAAGAAAGGAAAAUCGUUGAAAUCUUCGAAGAAAGGAAAGUCUGGAAAAUCUGGAAAAUCCAGCAAAUCGAAGAAGGCUGUGAAGGGAGCUGCCACGUCAUCUGCUUCUGCUGCUUCUGGAACAUCUGCUUCUGAGAAGUCAACGAGAUCUACGAAGUCUUCACGCAAGAGUUCGAAGAGUUCGAAGAGUCGCAAGGCCCGCCGUCUCGAUUCUGAUGCUCAGAAUAAGAUGGAGAAGUCUGGAAAGAGCUCGAAGAUCGCAGCUGCCUGUGCUGCUGCUCCAAAAGUGCAAUCGACUGGUGGAACUCAAGCGGCAAAGUCUUUGGUUGAAGAAGUCAAUGCCAUCAAACACUCCAAUCAAUUGAGUGUUGCUCCAGCUAAACUUCAAUACCAAACUCUCGGAGGUGUCAGUCAAGUGGAAUUGAAGAAUACCUCUGGAGAACGUAAGGCCUAUAAGGUCAAAUGUUCGGACAAUGCUCUCUACCGUGUCAACCCAGUUUUCGGAUUCGCUGAGCCGCAUUCGUCGGUUAAAAUUGAUGUGUUGAGAUUGAAUGGAGAACAGAAAACUGACAAACUCGUUCUUUUGACUGCAAACGCCAAGGACUCUUCGGAUCCACACGAGGCAUUUGCCAAACAAGCGGAGCAUCACGAGAUGAUGGUCGUCCCAUUGGUCGCAUCCUAG